GUAGUGUAGGGUCAGGACUCAGGAGUAGUGACCGAGCUGAGCACACCCGCCACCCGGCACGGCAGCAAAGCAACCCACACUAUUUACUCCCGCGCCGGCCUCUGUUUCCGCACCACCGCACCGUGCCACGCACUCCAAAGAUCCCCGCGAAUAAAAGCCGCGGCAGCCCGGGUCUCGCGGUGAGAGUGAGACCCAUCGUCCCUGUCUAUCUAGGCACCUAGCCUCGCUCGCCAGUCGCCAUGUCCUCCUCCUCCUCCUCCUCCCCGUCUCUACAGCCGCCUCCCGCCGGUGCAACCGGCGGCAGCUCCCCCUACUCCGCGUCCUCGUCCUUCCUCCCCUCGUUCAUGAUCAUCGCCGCGCUGCUCGCAUUCGUCUUCCUCGCCUCCGUCUCCAUCCACCUCCUGCUCCGCUUCCUCUCCGCCCGCUCUUCCUCCUCCUCCUCCUCCUCCUCCUCCCCGCCGUUGUCCGGACAUCCGCGCCCGCGGACCUACCGCGACGACGCGGGCUCGGCGGCCGCAUCCGUGGCGAGGCGGCCUGCCGCCACCGCGGCUCCAGCCGACGCAGGGAAGAACGAGGAGGAGGAGGACGCGGGCGACGAGAAGCAGCGGCUGAUCGACUCCCUGCCGCUGUUCACCAUGGCGUCGGCGCUCGCGGCGCUCCCCAAGAGCUCGCCCGACUGCGCCGUCUGCCUGUCGCCGUUCACGCCCGACGCCGACCUGCGCCUGCUUCCCGCGUGCCGCCACGCGUUCCACGCCGCCUGCGUCGACGCCUGGCUGCGCACCACGCCGUCCUGCCCGCUCUGCCGCGCUGCCGUCGCGCUCCCGCACCCCUCGCUCUCCGGCAUGCUCGCCGCCGCGCAGGCGAGGGCCAGGGACCGGCCCGGACCGGGAUCGAGCUUCCUCGUCGAGAUGGGCACCGUCAGCAACCGCGGCUCGCCCGCGGCGGCCGGUGGCGGCCGGGACAGGGACAGGAACAGGAACAGCCGCACCUACUCGCUCGGCUCCGCCUUCGACUACCAGAUCGACGAGGAGGUGGAAGCCGUGGUGUCCCGCGUCGCGCGCAUCGCCGCCGCGAGGGAAUCCAGCGCCGUCAAGGAGGAGAAGCCUUCAGCCGAGCAGGGAUCGGCGCCAGCGGCAGCGCCAGCGCCGUCGCCGUCUUCGCAACCGCCGCCUCCCGGCGAGACGGUGGCCGAGGCGGCGGGCUCCUCGCGCGGGUGGCUGCGGGAGUACGUGGACCGGCUGGCGUCGUCGGCCUACACGCUCUCGGAGCGGUGGAGCUCGCGCUGGAGCCAGGGGCAGAGCCAGCAGCAACGGCAGGAAGAGCCGUGGCUGUGGGACGCGGAGGCCGCGGAGAUGUCGGCGGCGCCGGGGUCCGACGACGACGAGGAGGAGACGGCGUUCAUGGCGAUGUACCGCUGGAUCGCCGGGGUCUAAAACGUAGUCGAGUAAGGUUACAGCUUACAGGGGGCUUCUGUGUCAGAAGUUUCUGGUUCAGGAGUUGAGUUGAGGUGAUCCAAAUGUUUUGG